CCGGACACUUACUGAUCUUACCAGACUAGGUCAGAUGUCAAGUUGUAAAUAUUUCUGAAGGCGAAGCCAUAGAAGAGGAGCCUGACUCUCCUGACACACACAAUGUGGCUAGAGGAACCUCAAAGGCAACCAAAAGGUACUCGACACCCCCAGCUGAUCCCUUGGGUCCUCUCUGUUGUUUUCAUCACACUUCUCAGUGCUUGCUUUAUCACAAAUUGUUUGGUGACUCAUCGUUACUUUUCACGCUGGAAGAGAGGAGCAGGAAUGGUGAAUUUCUCUGAUUACCAAACAACGCUAACGUGUGUGCGAGGGGAGCUGGAGUCCCAAGCUACAGGAGAUACCUGGAACUGUUGCCCUGCUAGCUGGAUAGCCUUCCAGUCCAACUGCUACCUUCCUCUUAACGACAACCAGACGUGGCACGAGAGUGAGAGGAACUGCUCAGUGAUGGGCGGUCACCUAGCAACCAUCAGCGCCGAAGCAGAACAGAAUUUUGUGACUCAGCUUUUGGACAGACAAUUUUCCUAUUUCCUGGGACUUACUGAUGAGAACACAGAAGGCCUGUGGCAGUGGGUAGACCAGACACCAUUUAAUCCACACAUGGCAUUCUGGCAUGAGGGUGAACCUAAUGACUUUAAGGAAGAAGACUGUGUGGUUCUCAUUAAUGUCCAAGAUGAAUGGGCCUGGAGUGACUUCCCCUGUCACUUCCAGGCGCAUAGCAUUUGUAAGUUACCUGGAGCAACGUUCAGCUGGAAGCCCACAAAGCGGUCCUUAUGAUGGAGAUGGCAAAGGUGAACCUAUCAGACCGUGGGAAAGUGUCUAUGCAUCACAGAAAUAGAGAGCACACUGCACUGUCAUAGGACACUGUCAAC